CCUUUGAAUUGUUAUAAAAAGUUAUGCCUCGUCAUUCAAAAAACAAUACUGCAGGAAGUGUCUUUACAUAUCACGAAGCAAAAGCAUUAGAUUAUGGAACGAAAAGGGCUCGACUUGGACGUGAAUCAUUUCGAGACUUUGAUGCUUGUUAUUUAUGUUUACAAACUGCUCGUGAACCUGUCACUUGUUCCAAAGGUCAUUUAGCUUGUCGUGAAUGUUAUUACGAAUCAUAUCUUCAACAAAAACAAGCCAUUAAACGAGAACAGGUCUUAUUGGAACAAAGACUUGCGGAUCUAGAUGAUCAAAAAUUAAAAGACGACUUGGCAGCAAAACAGGCUCUUUUGGAUGAAUUUGAAAAAACACAAACAAGUGUACUUGGACGUAGAAAUAAUGGCAACAUGGAUACCAACUCAACAUCUUUGGAACCUGGAUCACCAACUGUAGGCUCAAAAAGGAAAUUGGAUACAACGGAAACACAAGACAAGAAGCAAACAUCCAAAGAAAAGUUAAAGUCAAGUUUUUGGUUGCCUACAAUGACACCCGUUGCUGAUACACAAAAGAAAGAUGAAAUUAAACCUAUUCAAACACAACCUCUUUGUCGUGCAACCAAAGAUGACCAUCCUCUCAGUAUGAAAGGAUUGAUUGAAAUUAAAUUUGAAAAGGAUAAAGAAGGGAAAUCAAUAUGUCCUGCUUGUUUGAAAACAUUAUCCAACUCCUCAAAACUAUCAGUGAUGAGGAAUUGUGGACAUGUAGUUUGCCAUAGUUGUGUGGAUAUGUUUAUUAAGAAAACCAAGAAAUGUUAUGUUUGUGAAGAAAAAACAAAGUCCAAAGAUAUUGUCAAUAUGACUUCAGAAGGUACUGGAUAUACAAGUGGAAGCACAAUGGCCAUGGCGGAACGUUUUGAUGUGGCAUUCCAAUAAAUCAAAUGGGAUAGUUGUAGUUAGAUAGUUUUUUCUUUUUUUUUUUUUUCUAUGAAAUAUGCAGAUGAUUUUAAUAAAAUUGGAACAGAUGA